AUGUCGGCAGAGGUUGCCCUCACCCACCUCAAAAGUUGCCUUGUCAAUUUACCAGCAUCCUUAUGCUCAUUGCUUGUCAACCUCAAUACACCAGCUCAGAAUGUCGUUGUCGAGCUCAACUACCGCGUACCUACAUCCAACCCCACUACCUCGAAUGGCAGCUCAACCUCAAAAUCGAUAUUCGUCGGAUGGACUGGCAUGCAAAGCAAGCGGAAACUUGCGCCAAUUGUCAACAGAGAUGGGAUCGCUGGCACAAGAGGCAAUACAGGCCGCGAGCAGGAUGUCUCGGUAGUUGAAAUAGAUGCGACGUUUGCGCGAACACUGGGUCUAGCAGAUGGACAGAAGAUUACUGCGACGUUACACAUGGACCCUCCAGUCGCACAUACUGUGAACAUAGAGCCUCUUACUGCAGAUGAUUGGGAGAUCAUAGAAUUGCAUGCCAACUUUCUUGAAAUCAACCUCAUACAUCAAGUACGAGCUUUACCGAAUCCCAGCUACACAUCGGCUUCUGGAUCUGUUGCAGCCCCUCAUCCACUCACCCUCCACCUAUCUCCUACGUCAACUGCGAAUAUAGUAAUCACCUCCCUUGUGCCUGCGCUGCCGUCAAGCGCGCAGUUUGCCAAAUUGGCACCCGAUGCCGAGGUCAUUGUUGCUCCCAAAACUAGAUCAAAACCAUCCAGAUCAUCUGGCGAGAGCAGAAGCGUGACAUCAAGAAAGAGUGCAGGGGGGAGAAGUGGUGCGAGCACCGUCAGGAGGAAGAGUGGUCACGAAGAAGCGAGGCCUGCGAUGUUUUUUAGAGGGCUGGACCGAAGCAACUGCGAAGAAUAUUUCGAUCCUGGAAAAGAUGCAGAGAAUCAAGGUAUGAAGGUCUGGGUUGACCGAGAUGUUCUCCUCUCUAGAUCUUUAAAAGGAGUCAAAUGGGCAUGUGUGACUGUUGUCAGACCUCCAAGUUUGCAAGCACCCAUUGAUGCACAGAAACUGCAGCAAGAGCUUGAGAUCAUGCGGGAUGUUGGAAAGGUAGCUUCGAAGGUGGUGGCAAGAAUUGUUCCUUGGGAUGAUCCGCCUGAUAGUCAACAUGUUGCACUAUCAUCAUCGCUUUGCUCUUCAAUGGCUUGUGAGGGACUUGUCGGUGGAGUUGUAAAACUUGAACCAGCUCCGCCUCAACUGGAUCGCGCUUCGGCUGCAAAGCGUCCGGAUGAUACCGCAUCUAAAUCCGCGUCUCAAGUCAUCAAGGUGUUUCCUUUUGCCGUCAGCUCCAGCAAGGCGUCUGACGGUCUCAAGUUUGGCGGCGAGAGUAAUGCCCAGAGAGUGGAGACUUCGAUGUUAAUACAGAAGAUUUAUGGUGGCGACGAUGAAUCGGACGGUAUUCUUGAUGGUCCGCUAACAGAUGGAUCCAUUCUCGGAGCGAAUUCGAGUGAGAAUCCAGCGUGGGCAGGAGGCAUUCUUCGAUUUGAACAACGUGCUACAGAGUCUACGAAGAAACCUUGUCAUUGGUUUAUAGGUUCAGAAAGGAAGUUUACGAUCGAUGUGCAACCGCCGAUACCAAAACCCUUGUCGAUUUCGAAUAAUGUCAUCGGCGACCCUCUGCCGGUUAUUGCUCCAUCUCUCGUUGGAAUAGACAGCCUCAUUGAGCAAUUGCAGUCACAUCUUUUACAUAUGUCGUCUGUGCUAUUGACCGGAGCGCUUGGAUCAGGCAAGAGUUCUGUGGCACAUCUUCUUGCUCACCGAUUGAGGGCAAAUACUUUAUUUCACACCACGUAUAUUUCAUGUAGGAAGUUAGUAAGCCAUGAAACUCAGGUCUCUACUAUCAAAGAGACUUUCAAUAGAAUGUUCAUGGACGCAUCCUGGGGAGCCAGACUUGGCGGAAAGUCUCUCGUUAUCUUAGAUGACCUCGACAAAAUCUGUCCUGCUGAAACAGAGCUCGAAGUUGGGAACGACAAUGGUCGAAGUCGCCAGAUAAGCGAGGGAAUAUGUAGUAUUGUUCGUCAGUAUUCUGGGAGAGACAGUGGAAUAGUUCUCUUUGCUACGGCACAGGCAAAGGAGUCCUUACACAAUGUGAUUGUAGGCGGUCAUGUCGUCCGUGAAAUUGUGGCGCUGAAAGCUCCGAAUAAAGAGGCACGAAGGAGGGUUGUGGAAAUGGUAGUGAGGCAAAAUGCUUCUGACAAGAUCCAUCACACACGAGACGUUAGCAGCGUUAGCAAUGGCAGUCGUCCUGUAACCGCCAAUGGCAGCGUCGGCCACGAAGAUGGCGGCUGGAUGGACGGCUCAAGUGUAGUCAGUAGAAGUCACAGAGGCGGGAAAGCAGAUGGAUUUGUCAUUUCUCCCGAUCUCGACUUUCUCGAUUUGUCAGGGGAGACGGAUGGAUAUAUGCCGGGAGAUUUAGUCCUACUUGUUUCUCGAGCUCGCAGUGAAGCAUUGAUCCGAUCUGUGUCAGAAUCCCCGGAUGAUAAAGAUUCCCAUGCUGUUGACUUGAACCGAGGAGACUUUGAUAAAGCUUUAAAAGGAUUUACACCAGCAUCCUUACGAAACGUUACGCUGCAAACAAGCACAACCACUUUCGCCUCAAUUGGAGGUCUCCAUGCUACUCGAAAGAUCUUGUUAGAAACCCUCCAGUAUCCUACGACAUAUGCUCCUAUAUUCGCACAAUGUCCGCUUCGACUGCGGUCUGGUCUGCUGUUAUAUGGUUAUCCUGGAUGUGGAAAGACCAUGCUGGCUUCUGCUGUGGCAGGAGAAUGUGGUCUGAAUUUCAUCUCCGUCAAAGGUCCUGAAAUUCUCAACAAAUACAUCGGAGCAUCUGAGAAGUCCGUCAGAGAUCUUUUCGAGCGAGCAGAAGCAGCCAGACCAUGCGUUCUAUUCUUCGACGAAUUUGACUCCAUUGCCCCAAAAAGAGGCCACGACUCUACAGGCGUUACAGACCGUGUAGUCAAUCAACUCCUAACCCAAAUGGACGGCGCAGAAGGUCUAUCCGGCGUCUACGUCCUAGCAGCAACAUCACGACCCGACCUCAUCGACCCCGCCCUUCUCCGCCCCGGCCGUCUCGACAAAAGUCUCAUCUGCGACCUCCCCUCCCUCGAAGACCGCAUCGACAUCCUCCUCGCGCUCGGCAAGAAGCUAAAACUAUCCGACGAAGUCAUCUCCUCCCUCACCGAAAUCGCCUCUCGAACAGACGGCUACAGCGGCGCAGACCUGCAAGCCCUAAUCUACAACGCCCAUCUCGAAGCCAUCCACGAUGUCCUAGGCGACCAGGACCAUACCGACGUCGGCAAGAAAUCAAAUGGCGUGUCUAAAAAUCAGGAGUUCAUACAAUUCCGCUACGGUCUCGACGAAGACCUCGCAGACCAAUCCAGCACCGGAACCAACAAAUCCAAACUCCUCGCCGAACGCCUCGCCAUCUCCGCGAAACUCGCCGAGAUCAAAGCCACCAAAAAACGCGCGAAACUCGCACGUCAUCCUCUUUCAAAUAAACAUAUUAAGGAUGGAAAGGAGGAGAAGGAACAUCAGGAGGUUAUGAUUGCGUGGAAACAUGUGGAGAAGAGUCUGAAGAGUACGAGGGCUAGUAUUAGUGCGCAGGAACGGCAGAGGCUGGGCGCGGUGUAUAGGGAGUUUGUGGAGGGUAGGGAUGGGGUUAUGAGGAGUGGUGAGGGGGGGAGGGAGGUUGGUGGGAGGACUAGUUUGAUGUAA